CCACCCCCACCCACCGCGGAUCUGGUUUACGGCUUGGAGCGCAGGCUCCAGUGCGGCUGCUGAUUGGUUGCCGAAGGCUUGGUCCCAUCCCAGUGACCCCAAAGUGCUAGAAGGAGGGGGCGGGGGUGGCCCAGUGCAAAGUGCAUCCCGAAAGCCCCCUGUCGGGACACCCUGCUGCUGACACUUCGGACGAGGUACGACUUGGGGUCUUUCUGUCCCCAGACCUCUUGAGUCCCUUGGUAGCUGGAAGCCUCCGGCCCGGCGCGCGCCAGACCCCUGGUCCGAGCCCCUGGACCGGGACUGCUCUCCCCCCCUCCCCGCCCCCAACCCAAGCCGGCACUUCCUCCAAGCACCCCUUCCCGGAGACUGCUCAGAGGCCAAGACCGCCACCCCCGAGCCUGAUCGGCUAUCUGGAUGCUCUCCGUGCUGGGGCCGUGAAGCACCGGGGAGGAUCAGGAACACGGUGUCCGGCCCUGCCUGGGGUGUUUCUUCAAUGGAGAAGUUGGUGACUGUGGAGGAGGCUGAAAGGAGGGAGAGGAGCUGCAGCUGAGGAGACAGGUGUGAGCUGGCCCGAGGACACGCUCUAGCAGAAGGGGGUCUGGCCACCUACCAGAGAAGCAAUAAACAGAGUGCUUUGGACCAGCAUCCUCUCUAAAGGUGAAGAAAACUGCUGCUCUGGGGCCUGGACACGCUGGGAACCCCUUUCCCACCAUGCUGCACGUACACAAUGGUUAUUAGACGGCCUGUCUACCGAGAGGAGAGACAUUCUUCUGUAAGGCUGACUCCUGUGACCUAAUGUCUGGUUGGUGAAAAGCGGACUCUGCUAGGAUGUUACACCACCACUGCCGGAGGAACCCUGAGCUCCAGGAAGAACUGCAGAUUCAGGCUGCAGUGGCCGCCGGGGAUGUUCACACAGUACGAAAGAUGUUGGAACAGGGUUAUUCCCCAAAUGGCCGAGAUGCCAAUGGCUGGACCUUGCUCCAUUUCUCUGCAGCAAGAGGAAAGGAGAGAUGUGUUCGAGUGUUUCUAGAACAUGGAGCGGAUCCCACAGUUAAGGAUUUAAUCGGCGGCUUCACUGCUCUGCAUUACGCGGCCAUGCACGGCCGGGCCCGGAUUGCGCGCCUGAUGUUAGAGUCGGAGUACAGGAGUGACAUCAUUAACGCAAAAAGCAACGACGGCUGGACUCCCCUCCACGUGGCUGCCCACUACGGCAGGGACUCGUUUGUCCGGCUCCUCCUGGAGUUCAAGGCUGAGGUCGACCCGCUCAGUGAUAAAGGUACAACGCCACUUCAGCUCGCCAUCAUCCGAGAGAGGUCAAGCUGUGUGAAAAUCCUCCUGGACCACAACGCCAACAUCGACAUUCAGAAUGGAUUCCUGUUGCGCUAUGCUGUGAUCAAAAGCAAUCACUCUUACUGCCGCAUGUUCCUUCAGAGAGGGGCAGACACAAACUUGGGGCGCCUAGAAGACGGACAGACUCCUUUGCACUUGUCUGCCCUCCGUGAUGACGUGCUGUGUGCACGAAUGUUGUAUAGCUACGGAGCUGACACGAACACAAGGAACUAUGAAGGUCAGACCCCGCUGGCCGUUUCCAUAAGUAUUUCAGGAAGUAGUCGGCCGUGUUUGGAUUUCUUACAGGAAGUCACAAGACAACCCAGAACCCUCCAGGACCUGUGCCGAAUUAAAAUUCGACAAUGUAUAGGCCUUCAAAACCUGAAGCUGCUUGAUGAACUGCCGAUUGCCAAGGUCAUGAAGGACUACUUAAAACACAGAUUUGAUGAUAUCUGAUGCGCCUGGCCCGUGAGCACGAUUAAGAGUUAUUCCAGAUACUUAAAGGCUUCGGGCCUUGCCCAAAGUAUAUCCUAUGCAAUUUCUGAUUUGUGGUCAAGUCAGAAAGCAGGUAUACAC